GAUUCUUCCUUCGCGACACCCUCGACAACUUUAACGGUUUGAGUCGACAGAGCAGUCAAAAUGGGCCGUGGACCAAAGAAGCACCAGAAGCGCCUUAGUGCGCCCUCGCACUGGCUCCUGGACAAAAUGUCCGGAACCUAUGCUCCCAAGGCCUCUCCUGGUCCUCACAAGCUCCGGGACUGCCUGCCUCUGAUCGUCUUCAUCCGUAACCGCCUGAAGUACGCUCUUAACGGCCGCGAGGUUACCGCCAUCCUGAUGCAGCGUCUCGUCAAGGUCGACGGCAAGGUCCGCACUGACUCGACCUACCCUGCCGGUUUCAUGGACGUCAUCACCAUCGAGAAGACCGGCGAGCACUUCCGUCUCGUCUACGACACCAAGGGCCGUUUCACCGUCCACCGUAUCCAGGCUGAGGAGGCUGAGUACAAGCUGGGCCGCGUCAAGCGCGUUCAGCUCGGCAAGGGCGGGAUCCCAUUCUUGGUUACGCACGAUGCGAGAACCAUCCGCUACCCCGACCCCUCCAUCCGUGUCAACGACACCGUGAAGAUCGACCUUGCCACCGGCAAGAUCACCGACUUCGUUCGCUUCGACACUGGUGUUGUCGUUAUGGUCACUGGUGGUCGUAACAUGGGUCGUGUUGGUGUCAUCACCCACCGUGAGCGUCACGAUGGUGGUUUCAACAUCGUCCACAUCAAGGAUGCCAUUGACAACACCUUCGCCACUCGUGAGUCCAACGUCUUCGUCAUUGGACGCGAGAAGCCCUGGAUCUCUCUGCCCAAGGGCAAGGGUGUCAAGCUCUCCAUCGCUGAGGAGCGUGACCGCCGCCGUGCUUACGCUAUUGCUGGCCAGUAAAUUGGUCCGGUAGGUUCCAAACAAGCGUAACACUCAAACCAAAAAGUAAAAAUAUUUUUUAUGAGAGACGGCGUCUUGUCUUGACUUGCAGCUGUGUGAGGACAACAGCCUAGGAUUCGCGAGGGAAAAUGGCGCGUAGCAUAGGGAUUCGCUCUAUCUUCUAUUCGAGUAGAAAUCCAGACAUAGCAAGCAAACAGCCCGGGAUGGGAUAUUUGUCUCCAUAGUUCAUGAUAUGAUACCUUUUCUGAUUCUUCAUGAUGUUGAAACCCCGUCAGCACAUAUCUCGUAAUAUCC